AGAUGUUUACUGUUCGUCAGAUUAAUUGCUUGAGAAUUUAGUUGAAGCACAAUCUCGAUUGGAUAGUAUUUAACAGAAAACAAAUCUUUCAUGUAAAUCUGAAGAAAGAAAUGUUUUUCACAGAUAUUUUAGAGUUCUUUUGCAUUCCCUUCAGUGUAUUUAUUUCAUUUUUGGUUAUAUUGUCCGCUGUAAAUAAAUCUGUCGGUGUCCGAAGAGCCUACGUAAAACUUUUGCUAAAGAUAUUUGAGUUCGGCCGCCUGAGUAUUGAAUCUGCAGCGACAGAACGCCAAACGAAAGAUGGUGAGACGUGUAAUGUCUCAGUAGGAACUAAGGCUAAUGACAUUAAUAGACCUUGCUCUAAACAAACUGGAACUAGUAUACCCACUACAAAUGGCAACACAUUAAUUAGCAGGGACAGUGUACUUCUCCCAACAACCAACGAGUCUUCGGCUACGGAUCGGGAUGACUCUUCUAAAGAUGAGGAAAUUCGGUUUAAUUUGGAAAAAUGUUUCGACUAUAUUAAAGCAGGGGUUGAAUCAAUUAUCGAAGAUGAAGUCACAUCACGUUUUGAAGCAGAAGAGUUGAGAAGUUGGAAUCUACUAACACGUACAAAUCGCCGCUAUGAAUUUAUAUCGUGGAAGAUAACAUUAAUUUGGAUGGCGGGAUUUGCUGUGCGGUAUUUUAUUUUGAUGCCUUUGCGAGUUUUCGUUUGUUUUGUUGGAGUCUCUGUUGCAGUCAUUGCUAACAGCUUAGCUGCGCUGAUUCCCUUCGAAUUUCUUCGCCAUCCUUGCGCAGAUUUAGCUUUUAAAAUAACUUUUCGCGUUAUGACUCGAUCUCUGUCGGCAGUUAUUACAUUCCACAACACAGAAUUUAAACCAAAAGGUUCUGGUUUCUGUGUGGCAAACCACACUUCUCCCUUGGACGUCGCUAUUCUUUCAACCGACUGUACUUUCUCUUUGGUAGUUUGGUUGACUCUUUGUACGGCGAUAGUUGGAUAUAUUAAAGAUGGUGAACAUAAACGGAGAAUGGUAGACCAAGUGCUUGGUCAUUGCUUUUCAGUGCUCUCCAGCGCCAUUUCCGCUGUCAUUUAUUAUCAUAAUGUGGAGAAUCGACCCACAAAUGGGAUUUGUGUUGCAAACCAUACCAGCCCAAUCGAUGUAUUAGUACUUAUGUGUGACAAAACAUAUUCAUUGAUUGGCCAACGGCAUGGUGGAUUUUUGGGUUUAUUACAACGCGCUUUAGCUCGAGCAUCACCUCAUAUUUGGUUUGAAAGGGGAGAGGCAAAGGAUCGACACGCAGUGGCCGAACGCCUUAAACAGCACGUAUCAAAUCCAAAUAAUCCUCCCAUAUUGAUAUUCCCCGAGGGUACCUGCAUUAACAACACAUCCGUUAUGCAAUUUAAAAAAGGCAGCUUCGAAGUAGGAGGGGUUAUUUAUCCGGUGGCUAUCAAAUACGACCCUCGUUUCGGAGAUGCAUUCUGGAAUAGCUCAAAAUAUUCGAUGAUGCAAUAUUUAUAUAUGAUGAUGACUUCAUGGGCUAUUGUAUGUGAUGUUUGGUACUUGCCACCUAUGUACCGACAAGAGGGCGAAUCGGCUAUAGAUUUUGCCAAUCGUGUUAAAAGUGUCAUAGCAAAACAGGGCGGACUAGUAGAUCUAGUUUGGGAUGGGCAGCUCAAACGAAUGAAACCAAAGAAAGAAUGGAAGGAAAUGCAACAAGUAGAGUUUACUAAACGUUUGAAAGGCGACUAACCAUUUCUUACACCCUAUUUCUAAGUCUCAUAUUUAAUUUUUAUGUUAAAAUGCGAGAAAACCAAAAUACAUUCGCUGAUAUUAUAGUUGA